CCCAGCCCCAGCCCCAGCCCCAGCCCCAGCCGGGCCCGUCCCGCGCGGGCCCGUGCUGCCCCCCUCCGCCGGAGACGCCCGGGGCCGCCCGCCCGCCACCAUGGAGCUGGAGGACGGUGUGGUGUACCAGGAGGAGCCCGGCGGCUCCGGGGCCGUGAUGUCGGAGCGGGUGUCCGGCCUGGCCGGCUCCAUCUACCGCGAGUUCGAGCGACUCAUCGGGCGCUACGACGAGGAGGUGGUCAAGGAGCUGAUGCCACUGGUGGUGGCGGUGCUGGAGAACCUGGACUCGGUGUUCGCGCAGGACCAGGAGCACCAGGUGGAGCUGGAGCUGCUGCGGGACGACAACGAGCAGCUCAUCACCCAGUACGAGCGGGAGAAGGCGCUGCGCAAGCACGCCGAGGAGAAAUUCAUUGAAUUUGAAGAUUCUCAAGAACAGGAAAAAAAAGAUUUACAGACACGAGUGGAAUCUCUAGAAUCCCAAACAAGACAACUUGAACUCAAAGCAAAAAACUAUGCUGACCAGAUUAGCAGACUUGAAGAAAGAGAAGCAGAACUGAAGAAAGAAUAUAAUGCACUACAUCAGAGACACACUGAGAUGAUCCAUAAUUACAUGGAACACUUAGAAAGAACAAAACUUCAUCAGCUCUCAGGGAGUGACCAACUAGAGUCUACAGCUCAUAGUAGAAUUAGAAAAGAACGUCCUAUAUCAUUAGGGAUUUUCCCAUUACCUGCUGGAGAUGGGUUGCUUACACCUGAUGCUCAGAAAGGUGGAGAGACUCCUGGAUCAGAGCAGUGGAAAUUUCAGGAAUUAAGUCAACCACGUUCUCAUACCAGCCUGAAGGUCAGCAGUAGUCCUGAACCUCUGAAGGCUGUAGAACAGGAGGACGAGCUUUCAGAUGUCAGCCAAGAUGGAUCGAAAGCUACCACUCCAGCAUCAACAGCUGCCUCAGAUGUGGCAGCAUUCUCUGCUGACACUCCAUUGAAGGAGGAUAAUGAAGGAUUUGUGAAAGUAGCAGAUACACCAAGUAAAUCAGAGAUAAACAAGCAUAUCGAAGUACAAGUGGCCCAAGAAACUAGAAAUGUAUCAACAGGCUCUGUUGAAAAUGAAGAGAAGUCAGAAGUUCAAGCAAUUAUUGAAUCUACUCCUGAGUUGGAUAUGGACAAAGAUCUCAGUGGAUAUAAAGGCUCAAGCACUCCCACCAAAGGCAUAGAGAACAAAGCUUUUGAUCGCAAUACAGAAUCUCUUUUUGAAGAACUGUCUUCAGCUGGCUCAGGCCUAAUUGGAGAUGUGGAUGAAGGAGCAGAUUUACUAGGAAUGGGUCGUGAAGUUGAAAAUCUUAUAUUAGAAAAUACACAGCUAUUGGAAACCAAAAAUGCUUUGAAUGUAGUGAAGAAUGAUUUGAUAGCAAAAGUAGACGAGCUCACCUGUGAGAAAGAUGUGCUGCAAGGGGAACUGGAGGCUGUGAAACAAGCCAAACUGAAGCUUGAGGAAAAGAACAAAGAAUUGGAGGAAGAGCUGAGGAAAGCUCGAGCAGAAGCUGAAGAUGCAAGGCAGAAAGCAAAAGAUGAUGAUGAUAGUGAUAUUCCUACAGCUCAGAGGAAGCGGUUUACUAGGGUAGAAAUGGCCCGAGUUCUGAUGGAGAGAAACCAAUAUAAAGAGAGAUUGAUGGAGCUUCAGGAAGCUGUUCGAUGGACAGAGAUGAUUCGAGCAUCAAGAGAAAAUCCAGCCAUGCAAGAAAAAAAAAGGUCAAGCAUUUGGCAGUUUUUUAGCAGACUUUUCAACCCCUCAAGUAAUACUACUAAGAAGCCUGAACCACCUGUGAAUCUGAAGUACAAUGCACCCACCUCUCAUGUUACUCCUUCUGUCAAGAAAAGAAGCAGCACCUUAUCUCAGCUCCCAGGAGAUAAGUCCAAAGCCUUUGAUUUCCUUAGUGAAGAAACUGAAGCUAGUUUAGCCUCACGCAGAGAACAGAAGAGAGAACAGUAUCGUCAGGUGAAAGCACAUGUCCAGAAGGAAGAUGGUAGAGUGCAGGCUUUUGGCUGGAGUCUGCCUCAAAAAUAUAAACAGGUAACUAAUGGUCAAGGGGAAAACAAGAUGAAAAAUUUACCUGUCCCUGUCUAUCUCAGACCUCUGGAUGAAAAAGAUACAUCAAUGAAGUUGUGGUGUGCUGUUGGAGUCAAUUUAUCAGGUGGGAAGACCAGAGAUGGCGGUUCUGUUGUUGGAGCAAGUGUAUUUUACAAAGAUGUUUCUGGUUUGGAUACAGAAGAUAGUAAACAACGCAGUGCAUCUCAGAGUAGUUUGGAUAAGUUAGAUCAGGAACUUAAGGAGCAACAGAAGGAAUUAAAAAAUCAAGAAGAAUUAUCCAGUCUCGUCUGGAUCUGUACCAGCACUCAUUCAGCUACAAAAGUUAUCAUUAUUGAUGCUGUUCAACCAGGCAAUAUCCUAGACAGUUUCACUGUUUGCAACUCUCAUGUUCUGUGUAUAGCAAGUGUGCCAGGUGCACGAGAAACAGACUACCCUGCAGGUGAAGAACUUUCAGAGUCGGGACAGGUAGACAAAGCAUCUUUAUGUGGAAGUAUGACAAGCAAUAGUUCAGCAGAGACUGAUAGUCUGUUGGGAGGUAUCACGGUGGUUGGUUGUUCCACAGAAAGUGUGACAGCAGCUGCCACUACCCCCAGUACCAACGGUGCUUCUCCUGUGAUGGAAAAACCACUAGAAAAGGAAGCAGAAAACAGUGAGGUUGAUGAAAAUGUCCCAACAGCAGAAGAAGCAACGGAAGCCACAGAAGGCAAUGCAGGAUCAGCUGAAGACACAGUGGACACCUCCCAAACUGGCGUGUACACAGAGCAUGUCUUCACGGAUCCUUUGGGAGUUCAAAUCCCAGAAGACCUCUCACCAGUGUACCAGUCAAGUAGUGACUCAGAUGUGUUUAAAGAUCAAAUAUCAGUAUUGCCAAGCGAACAAGACCUGGCAAGAGAAGAAGCUCAGAAGAUGAGUAGUCUUUUGCCAACUAUGUGGCUUGGUGCCCAGAAUGGCUGUUUGUAUGUCCAUUCAUCCGUAGCCCAGUGGAGGAAAUGUCUCCAUUCUAUUAAACUUAAAGAUUCGAUUCUCAGUAUUGUACAUGUGAAAGGAAUUGUACUAGUGGCCCUGGCUGAUGGCACCCUUGCAAUCUUUCACAGAGGAGUGGAUGGCCAGUGGGAUUUGUCAAACUACCACCUUUUAGACCUUGGACGGCCUCAUCAUUCCAUCAGAUGUAUGACUGUGGUUCAUGACAAAGUCUGGUGUGGCUAUAGGAACAAAAUCUAUGUGGUACAGCCAAAAGCCAUGAAAAUAGAGAAAUCAUUUGAUGCACACCCCAGGAAGGAGAGCCAAGUACGACAGCUUGCCUGGGUAGGUGAUGGAGUGUGGGUCUCCAUUCGUUUGGAUUCUACACUCCGUCUCUAUCAUGCACACACUUACCAACACCUACAAGAUGUGGACAUUGAACCUUAUGUAAGCAAAAUGUUAGGUACUGGAAAACUGGGUUUCUCUUUUGUGAGAAUCACAGCUCUUAUGGUGUCUUGUAAUCGCUUGUGGGUGGGGACAGGAAACGGUGUCAUUAUCUCCAUCCCACUGACAGAAACCGUAAUCCUCCACCAGGGACGUUUACUGGGGCUGAGGGCAAAUAAAACCUCAGGAGCACCAGGAAAUCGUCCUGGAAGUGUAAUCCGUGUGUAUGGUGAUGAAAACAGUGAUAAAGUGACUCCAGGGACAUUUAUACCCUAUUGUUCAAUGGCACACGCACAGCUUUGCUUUCACGGGCACCGGGAUGCUGUGAAAUUCUUUGUGGCGGUCCCAGGUCAAGUUGUCAGCCCUCAAAGUGGCAAUAGUGGCACAGAUCUAGCAGGUGACAAAGCAGGACCAUCGACACAGGAGUCUGGCAGCCAGGCACCCUUAAAAUCUAUGCUUGUCAUCAGUGGAGGAGAGGGCUACAUUGACUUCCGUAUGGGUGAUGAAGGUGGAGAAUCAGAACUUCUUGGAGAGGAUCUUCCACUUGAACCAUCUGUCGCCAAAGCGGAAAGGAGUCACUUGAUAGUGUGGCAAGUGAUGUAUGGUAGUGAGUGAGCCCACAGAAAAAAGGUAGAGACAGAAAAGCAGUCUCUUCUGCAUGGUUUAUUUUCCUUUUCCUCUUUAUUUAAUGCUCUCUCUGUGAAAGAAGUUUCACCACAUAAUGUGUGAGCAUUUUUUUUCCUGUUAAGUUUAUAUUACAAGAUCUGUCUUACUGUAACAAUAUGGAACUAGCUGUUUUACUGCACCAGUGUUAUAGGCAAUUUCAGUAUAUUAUGAACAAAUCAAAGAAUGUUUGCUUUCUGCAAACUGGUGAAUUAUAGAAAGCAAUCCAGAUGUAGUUUAUUCUGCCACAGCUAAUGUCACUCACUUUGUUUGAUGGGGUCACUUUUUAGCUGCCACUAGUAAUAGAAUUAAUGAAAACACUUGAUAAAUGAAACUGUACUAUUAAGUUCAAUAGUAAAGUUUCCCCUAGUGUAUUAUAAAAUUGACGCAGACUAAUAUCAGGUGGAUUAUCAGGAUUUUAUCUAAAUGUCCCGAGAGGGCUAAAUGCUAACUGUAAAUUACUUUAACUUCACUUUCAAAUCUGACAAAUCUUGUUUAUAUGGUAUAUAAAGCUUUGUUUUCAUCAGAUUUGGGGGGUUUUAUAUUAAAGAAAUUAAGACUACACUAUUUAAAUAAAAAGUUCUUGUUUUGACUUAUUAGAGCUCUAAAGUUUAUGAGGCCUGCUUUUCUGAAGAUACUGACUUUUUUGUUAACUAGUCUCGCCCAUUUUCAUACUGAUAUGUCUUCUGAAAGGUUUGUUAUUUAAAAAGAGAUAUGCCUCAAUGAUAGAAUUUUCUCUUAAAGGAAACUGUUUUGGAUUCCUUAUAACCAGCAGAUGGUGAGAGUUGACUUUUUUCCUUGUAAAAAAACUUCACCUGUUUACCAGCUGUUCUUGGACUGCUCUGAGAGUAAAGCUGUAGCAGUGAUAGAAUGUGGCCAGACGAUCGGAAUGAGGGAUAUGAUUAGAAAUGCUAUUUUCUCUUGUUUUGUAUAAAACUGCAGAACAGCUCACACUUGAUAAUAUAUAUAUAAAUGGCACAUUGAAGCUUUGUGUCCUUUUGAGAUUAAAAAUGCUAUCUUCAGAGAGGAAACUUAUGAAGGGGAAGCAGACAAAACUGACUUCAUAAAGUAAAUGUUGGAUUUAUAUCUUAUCACUGACAAGGCCUGUUUAACAGCAAAACUCUAGAUUUGAUUUUCUCAUUUUAAUACAUUAUUUAAACAAUUAUGGUAGUUAUCCCCCCCCAAAACUUCUAAAAAAUCUAUUAUUUCCGUUUCUUAUCCACUACUUUAAAGAGUUAACUAUGGACGCAAGGGUAGUAAUUAUGUAGAGUUAACUAUGAAUUUAAGAACUACUUAAAAAAUAUAAACCUAUAGGCUAAAGACCUCCCAGUCAUCAGAAGGACUACUUCAAAGAAAAGUAAGCAAAGAAAGGUCUCAGAUCAUCUAAGCAUUCUUAAGUACUAGAGAUUAAAAAAAAAAACAACUAUCAUGCAAAGAAUUGUUUUCAAGUAUAUCAGUGUCUUUUAAGCAUUCAUAUGAUUAGACUAGAUUACAGAAUACCUGGGAUUCAUUGGGCUGGAGGGAACCUUUAGCCACAUGUGUCUAUAAGCACAUUGUGUACAUGAUAAAACUGGCCACUUUAGAUGGCCAGAAAAAAAAUUUUGAUAAAAACUAUAUUAAGGGUAAUUUUUGCUUUGAGUUACAUAUUUUUCAGAGCACCAAAACUUGGGCCACUUUUCCAUAGCUUAUAAGCUAUGAUCUUAUUAAAAACCAAUAUUUUUGGCACUACCUUAAAAACACAUUAUUAAUUUGAGAGGGGAAUUACUGUAUAUUAAUUCACAAGGAAGAGACACCAAGGUGUUUGGGAAUUUUAAUUCCAAGUAGCAAAUAUCCCCGAGUUUGACUUCAUUUGCUGUUUAGUCUUUUACAUGUUUGUGUAAGGACUAUAAUUUAAAAGAUCAGGAGUUAAAGAUGAAGAAAUGCAAACAUGUCGCAAUGGUUGUAGUUGUUCUUUUAAAACGUACUGACUUUAAUAUAAGGAUCAUAGGCGUGUAGUUAUUUUAUUAAAUACUGUGACCCUAUUACUCAAUUUCAGGACUAGAGAGUAUUAAAAAAAAAUUACCUGUACAAUUUGUUUUAAGGAUCUGUCCUUCUGUUUGCAGUUUCAGUACAAUAUUUUCUAUAGACUGUUUUACGUCUCCCUUCCCCCCACCCCCAAUAAUUGACUUCUUUUCUGGUAAUGUUCACUUUGGUUGAGCUGGUAACCUUUGAAAGAAAAGGCCAAAAUGUAAGCUUGUUGUAAACAGCAGAGCCAUGUAAGCUGCUUUGUGACUACCAUGUCAUGAGGCAGAGAAAAGGCUUGAGUACCUGAGGUUGGACUCUCCGAGCUGAAAAAAAAAAAUGUAAAAAAAUAAAAAUAAAGUACAUCUAUGGGAAGAAAUGAGGGAUAUUAAAGAAUUUUCUAAUUUUGUUAUGCUUGGGUUAUGUAUAUGUUUGGACUAUGUGAAAUCGCCAGUGUUCAGCCACUGCUAAUCCACCAAGAUGGCAGCGUCAUAUAUGUCGCUUAAUAUUUACUAUUAGUUGCAGGGUAACAUGUAAGGCAAAAGGAGACUAUUUUCUAAGAACUCUGUUUUGAGAAUGCUUUUCUUUUGCUCCUGUGAAUCUAAUUUUUUUAAAUAAGAAUAUUUUAAUUAGUUGAAGCUUGUUGAAAGUGUAAAACAUUCUUGAGCACAAAAUAUGCAGCAUAUAACCUCUCAGAUUCAAUGUAUCUGCAUAGAAAGGGUAAAAUGCAUUCUUUUGGUUAUUGUAUUGUUUGUUUCUUAUAAAAGUCUCCCUAUAUUUGAGAAUAGACCCUUUAACAUAGGCUGCCUUAGUAACAAAACAAAUGUCUAAUAAUAUUAACUGUCCUAAGGAUUGUGUGUCUUGCAAAUGCUAUGGAACUGAAUAUUUAUUUCCUUGUGAGUAUUAUGACAGUUACCAAAGGACUUGAUCAGAUUUAGGGUUCUUCUGAAUUGAUCAUGUUGAGAAAGGGACUCACUUGGCCCCCGAUUGUAACAUGGGAAAAAUAGAGAGAACUUUCAAUGUGGAAAUCACAAAUGCUUUUCUAACAGGGUUAUACAAUUUUGUAACACUGUCUUUUUCUUUCUCUUAAAAAUUAAGUUUUUAUUAUUACUUUUGUUAUACAUUUCUCAAUAUUUGAAUAUAUUUUAACCAAUUUAUGUUCUAAAAUUUGUUUUUGUCCUAGACACUUUAUGCAGAAUUUUACUUGCCUCUAUAAUCUGAUAAAUGGGUUCUAGAAUGUCCCACUUGGUAUCUUUUAGAGGCUGAGGCUUCAUUUCUAUGAGUAAAAAACUCAUUUAGCAAUGUAGUUAUUUCAGUAUUUAUUUCUACUAUGGAAUCCCUGGGGUUCGGAAUGUAACUUUGUACAUGAAAUAUAUAUAAAUAUGUAUAUGAAACAUG